AUGGACUUCAACGAAAACAUACCCCGAGAUAUUGGAAACUACGAACUGAUCAGACCAAUUGGCAAUGGAACCUAUUCAACUGUAUAUGUUGCCCGUGAAAAAGAUACCAAUGAAAUCUUUGCUAUUAAAGUUACUAAUGAGCGCAUUCUUAUUAAAAAUGGUCUCUAUGAUAAAUUUAAUCACGAAUUAGAAAUAGUUAAAAGAUUGCAGCAUCCAAAUAUAGUUUCUGUUAAAGAAGUAGUCCAAAUCAACCAUUGGAUUUUUAUAGUCCAAGAGUUCUGCUCAAAAGGAAGCCUCUAUAACUAUAUAUUAUCAUCCAGAUUUCUAACUGAGCAUGAAACCCUCAGGAUUACUUAUCAGAUUCUUGAUGCCCUCUCAUAUUUACAUUCUUUGGGAAUAGCUCAUAGAGAUAUCAAGCCAGAAAACAUUGUAUUCGAUGAAAGUAUGACUCCAAAGCUCAUUGAUUUUGGCUUUGCCACUGAUGAGAUUGUGAAAAAUAAACUUCAUCACACUCAAUGCGGCUCUGUUGCAUAUGUUGCUCCUGAAGUACUCACACCUUUUGGAUAUGAUCCAAUGAAGACAGAUAUUUGGUCAUUAGGUAUUACAAUUUAUGUAAUGAUCACUGGAUGCUUCCCGUGGAACUUUAAAAUGGAUCAAACUAUUUUAAGACAGAUCUACUUAUGGAAUUGCGAAAUUCCAGAAACAAUACCUGUCACAGUUCGAGAUUUAUUACAAAGAAUGUUAGUUAAAGAUUCAUACUCAAGAGCUUCCGCUUCUGAUCUCUUGAUGGAUAAAAAGAAAUGGAAGAGAGUUGUUUGA